AUAUCUACUUAUACUGUAAAAUACUUACCUCGGCGUCUUCUUGAAUUAUUUGUCCCUAUUUAUUUGAUUUCUAUGAUUAUCCAUUUGUCUUAUAUUUAAAAAUAAAUAGUUCUAUUUAGAAGUACUUCAUUAAAUGUCAUUAUAAGUACAUUUAUCUUUUAAUCAUUUUAAAGUUGCUAAAUAAUUAGCAAAUAAUCAUUUUUGUGUAUCAAUAACAGGUGUAAAGCUUGGUAAAAAAUGACGAUGGAUAUACGUCCCAAUCACACAAUUUAUAUAAAUAAUUUAAACGAAAAAAUUAAAAAAGAGGAAUUAAAAAAAUCUCUUUAUGCUAUUUUCUCUCAAUUUGGACAAAUAUUGGAUAUAGUUGCUCUGAAAACAUUAAAAAUGAGAGGACAAGCUUUUGUUAUAUUUAAGGAAAUAUCAAGUGCAACAGUUGCACUGAGGAGCAUGCAAGGCUUUCCAUUUUACGACAAACCAAUGAGAAUCCAGUAUUCAAAAACAGAUAGUGAUGUUAUCGCAAAAAUUAAGGGCACCUUCCAGGAAAGACCAAAACGCCCCAAGAUGCCCAAAGGUACAGAUGAUAGCAAGAAGAAGAAGAACAAAGAAGCUGGACGGCACGCUGUCCAUGGUGUGGGUCAGCCCAGUUUGCUCAACAAUGUCAAUGUUGAACAACCACCUAACCAGAUCUUGUUCCUUACCAAUCUACCAGAUGAAACAUCAGAAAUGAUGUUGUCUAUGCUUUUCAACCAAUUCCCUGGCUUCAAGGAAGUCAGACUUGUACCAAAUCGACAUGACAUUGCGUUUGUUGAAUUUGCUAAUGAAAUGCAGUCUGCAGCAGCCAAGGAAGCACUCCAAGGAUUUAAGAUCACUCCCACUCAUGCUAUGAAGAUAACAUUUGCCAAGAAAUAAUAUUUAAAUUUGUAAAGUUAAAAAUAAAAAUAAAGUUUAAGAACCAA